AUGAGCUCAACUUUACUUGGUCAUUCACAAGAAUUUAUUAACUCUAAAAACACACAAGUAAAAACUGGCUCACCGUUUAGUAUAGUCCUCACAGCACCCCAAGAUUCUGAAGAAACAUCACCCACUAAAACCCACCACAAAUCGAGACCUUCUCUCAAACUUCAAUGUGCAGAUUUAUAUCUGUCGAUACCAACCAUAGAAUAUCAUCCUCCUACUGAAACGUGUGCUUCGCCAGCUCCACAGCAAACAGGGUUCAGUAAAUACCUGUCAAAUACAAAAUCUUCAGAGGCUACACAAUCUGCCAAUAACUCUCUAAGAACUUUAUUGUUUCGAAAGAAACUCAUGGACGAUGGAUACGAUGGACACGGACAAGAUGAAUUUCUUUUCUCACCUAUUUAUAAUCACAUUACAACUCGCACCUUUUUAAACUAUGAGGAUGAAGAUAUUUAUAGUCCUGAAAUUUCAACUCCUGUAAAUGUACCAGCUCCGAUAUUUUCCAAUGUUAAUCAUCGAACAUCGCAGGAUUCCGGUGUCGAUAUGAACUUUUCUGGAAAUCCAUCAUCGUGCUAUAUGCCGCCAAUUCUUUCUUCUUAUAAUGAUUAUAUUGGUGGUGCUAGGUUCAGUAAAUAUCUGUCAAAUACAAAAUCUUCAGAGGUUACACAAUCUGAAGAACUUUAUUGUUUCGAAAGAAAUUCAUGGACAAUGGAUACGAUGGACACAGACAAGAUGAAUUUAAACUAUGAGGAUGAAAAUAUUUAUCCAGCUCCAAUGUUAAUCAUCGAACAUCGCAGGAUUCCGGUGUCGAUGUGA